CUGGACAACCCUCAUCCCCGCCCCGCGCCUUGUCCCACCUAAAACUUCUCCGAGAGCGUCGGUCGGGCAGCGCGCUCGCCCCGCGCCAUCCCCAUCGCAUUCACGCUCCCCGGGCAGGCGGCGGCGGCGGCGGCGGGAGUCCGGAGUCGCGGCGUGAGGGGCGUCCCCGCCGGCCCCUCUGGGAACAUGGCGACCGGCGGCUACCGGAGCGGCGGCAGCACCACCACGGACUUCCUGGAGGAGUGGAAGGCGAAGCGCGAGAAGAUGCGCGCCAAGCAGAACCCCGCGGGUCCGGGUUCGAGCGGCGGGGAUCCAGCCGCUAAGUCCCCGGCGGGAUCGCUGACCCCGACCGCCGCCGCUGCCGCCGGGACCUCGGAGCUCAACCACGGCUCCGCGGGCGCGACCGCACCUGCCGCCCCGGGGCCCGGCGCCCUGAACUGCGCUCACGGCUCGUCCGCGCUGCCCCGCGCGGCUCCCGGCUCGCGGCGGCCGGACGACGAGUGCCCUAGCGCUGCUGCGGCCGCGGGAGCACCCGGGUCCCGGGGCGACGAGGAGGAGCCGGAUAGCGCCCCGGAGAAGGGCCGCAGCUCGGGGCCCAGCGCCAGGAAAGGCAAGGGGCAGAUCGAGAAGAGGAAGCUGCGGGAGAAGCGCCGCUCCACCGGCGUGGUCAACAUCCCGGCGGCGGAGUGCUUAGAUGAAUACGAAGAUGAUGAAGCGGGACAGAAGGAACGGAAGCGAGAGGAUGCUAUCACACAGCAGAACACCAUCCAGAACGAAGCUGCGAGUCUCCCGGAUCCAGGCACGUCCUACCUGCCCCAGGACCCGUCGAGAACAGUUCCGGGCAGAUACAAAAGCUCAGCCAGUGCCCCAGAAGAUGAAAUCUCAAAUAGAUAUCCCCGAACAGACAGAAGCAGUUUCAGUAGACACAACAGAGAUGGAAAUGCACCUGGUAACUUCGCUUCAAGUAGCACCUUGGAGAAGAGAAUUGAAGAUCUCGAAAAAGAAGUCGUAAGAGAAAGGCAAGAAAACCUUCGACUUGUGAGGCUGAUGCAAGAUAAAGAAGAAAUGAUUGGAAAACUCAAGGAAGAGAUUGAUUUGUUAAAUAGAGACCUAGAUGACAUGGAAGAUGAAAACGAACAGCUAAAGCAGGAAAAUAAAACUCUUUUGAAGGUCGUUGGGCAGCUGACGAGGUAGAAGACGCAAGGCUUCGGCGUGGGAAACCUGCUUUCAAACUACUGAUGAAUGUCAUGGCUAAGACAAAGCUGAGGCGCCUGUGAUUCAUUCCAGUGAGAGAACUGUAUAUUUAUUUCUAGAAAAACACGUGGAUUUUUUUUUUUCAAGAUUCACUCUUUUUCAUGGCUAAAAAGUACAAACCCUGUAUUUCACAUAGAGGUAACAUUUUCAGUUAUUAAAACGAUAGGUAAUGCCUCUUGGUUUUGUGUGAUAUUCAGAUAAUAUAUGGUUCAAAGUAACAGCCAUUUGCAUAUAUUUUAUCUAUGUUAGCACAUAUUCUCCCUAAAGGAAUAUGCAUAGUCUUUGUUUACAUGAAUUCAGAUACUUGGGGGAGUUGCCUACAGAUGCCUUAUUACCAAUGCGUGCGGCCUUCUGUGUGUUAAUACUUACUCAUAAAGACUCAUCUGCUCUUGUCUCUUCUUUCCACAUGCUGUAAUGAUUUCCAGUAGUAAUAGAUACACUAUUCUGCAUAGCAGUCAUUGUUCAGAGGAAAGCUAUUUUUCAGAGUUACUUCAUAUGUCCUAGUUGGCUAAAUAUAAACUUAGGAGAAUACUUGAACUGUGUUAUAGUAAGUGAAAAAUUACUAUUUUGUGUUGGAAUAUUGGAAAAAAAAUUCAAUAACUUCUGAAAAAAGUUAAUGUAUAGUUUCUUAUAUAGGUACUAUCUCUCUCUCUCUCUCUCUCUCUCUCUCUCUCUCUCUCUUUCUCUCUCUCAUUGCUCUAGAGUUUACUAGUAAAUAAUGGGAUAUUUAAAAAGUUGUUAUUCUUCAGGCCUCAAGUUGUGUACAAUUUCAGUGUUGCAGAAGAAAAUUGAUGCUGUUAAUAGCAUGUGCUUCAAAAUCAGAACCAACAUGGUUUUUUUUCACACAUAAAAUAUGUACACAUAUGUCAACAUGCGUAAGCAGAGAUACGACAGGAUAAUCUCAGCUGAUUCCUGAGUUGGAGACACCCUGGGAUGCCCUUUUCUCAAGAGAGAAUAGUCCCAUAAUCCUAACACUGAAGAUUUUAACGCAACCAUAUUUGAAGAUUUAUAAAAUAAAGUUGUCUUCUAUUAAAUAUCCUUAGUAUUUA